AUGUUUAUAGUACCUGCUUUGUUCCUGCUGAGGGCGCUGUUUCUCUGUGGCCAUGUGGAGGCUCAGUCCAACUCCAGCACCUUAGACAUAAUGAAAAAUGCUGCAUGUAAGCAACACAAACUGACACAUUUUUAUUUUUUUCCCCCAAACACGAAUCCACACAGAAACAUCUGCUUAUUUAAGUGAAUAUUGUCCAACAUCAACAUUAUUUCUCGCCUCAGUGUCACUGACGGAGCCUCUGACCUGUGAUAAGUGGGAUUGUGACUGUGCCUUCAAACGCCAGCGUAGCUGCUGCUGUGGAGCCAAUGACAUGUUUGAGCUUGAGGACAAAACUUUUGAAAGGAUCACAAAUCUAUGGAUAGGUGUCAGCUCACUGAAAUACAGUGUGAUGGAGUUUACAGGUAAUCACACCUGCAGACACAGGGGGUGGACUUACACUUCAGAUUGCUUUGCAGUACAAUAAAUGUCCUUUUAUUCCUUCAGCUGGCUUUAAGGUUUCCUUCAAAGCCUCCAUGGAUCCUGCUGAUGCAACUUCUCAAAACUGCUUUGGUAUUUUUACGAGUAAUGUGCCAAUCCCGUACUCCACUGUCUCCCUUAAUGACGGCUUCGGCUACAACCCCACCUUGGGUAUGAUGCACACAGACACACAGACAGACAGAGUUAACAGCUGUUCUGAUUGAAGCCACAAAUGAGAUUAGUUCACUGACCCCUCAGAUUUUUUGUCCCUACAGGUCUGUUUACUGCUCCUCGUGCAGGUGUUUAUGUCUUUUCUGCCACAGUGUACUCAUAUGUGGGAGAAACUGGACGUCUCCGUUACAAAGUAAGAUUUCUUGAAAGUGAUUUCUGAAUAAGUUCUGAACAAAAGCAAAUACCUCAUGAUUUUUCCUGUAUUCAUAGGUCCAGAUGAUGAAGAAUGGGGAGCUGAUAGUCAGUGUGUGGGAGGAUAAUCGAGAGGACACCGAAGACAGUGCCACUCUGGUAAAAUUUAAUACCCUGACGUGAUUUUUUUUGACUGCUGCUCGAAAACGUCAUUUUUUUUCUUAAUCUGCAUCUUCCAGGUAACGAUAGUGGAGCUAAAGAGGGGUGAUCAGGUCUACAUGGAACUGAUGGUUGGAAGGAGGCUUUGCUCAAACCUGCCGUACAACGUAUUUACUGGUUUUAUGCUGUACCCUGAAACUGAGGAGCUGACUGCUUAA